AUGGCUGCUGGAAGUGGAUCUCCUUGUGGUGCCUGCAAGUUCUUGAGGCGAAAAUGUGCCUCUGAUUGCAUAUUUGCUCCUUACUUUUGCUCAGAGCAGGGCCCUGCUCGUUUUGCUGCAAUUCAUAAGGUGUUUGGUGCUAGUAAUGUCUCUAAGCUUUUGUUACAUGUUCCUCUCCCUGAUAGAUGUGAGGCCGUCGUCACCAUUGCCUAUGAAGCUCAGGCCAGGAUUAGGGAUCCCGUUUAUGGCUGUGUUGGUCAUAUCUUCGCGCUUCAACAACAGGUGGCAUACUUGCAAGCCCAAUUGAUGCAAGUGAAGGCUCAGAUGGCUCACAACCUUGCAGCUAAUUCAAGGUCUUUAGACAAUCAUUGGACUUCUGUAACUGCAGGGCCUGUCCUUGGAGGAGGUGGUGGAGUUGGGUCUCCCCAGAUGCCUUAUCCAGCAUGCAUGCAUUCCAUUACAUCUCAGAGCUCUUUGGACUCUAUGGACCAUAGCAGUGAUGGGAUGGUGAUGCAGGACAUGCAAGACACAGAUGAUCUAGCUUUUCAACCUUUCACUAAGAAAAGAUUGGGUACCAAUGACUUGGGUGAGCUUCAAGCUCUGGCUCUUAGGAUGAUGAGGAACUGAUUCAUCCUCUCUCUCUCUCUCUCUCUCUCUCUCUCUCUCUCUCUCUCUCUCUCUCAUAUGUGACAAGGGUGAUGAUUGAUGCCUGUAGAAGACAAUGUUGAUCUAUGACUGUAAAUACAAAAGUGCAUCUGCAAAGAAAAAAAAAAACUUACCAUGAUGAGUUAAAAAGCCUAUUUUUAGAUUUAUGCACUUGUUGGA